AUGGGGAAACAUAAACAGAAACGACAUAAUCAGGUGAGGAAGAUUAUGAUACAUUUCAACAUAUCCAUGAAUUGCAAUGCAUGUGAGAAAAAAGUUGUCAAAGUCAUCUCCAAAAUAAAAGGAGUUGAAAAGUUUAUCACUGAUAUGAAAAAACAUAGAGUAACAGUAAUAGGUCGAUUUUGUCCACAAAAGGUUUUGAAGAAAUUGACUAAAAAGACAGGAAAAAAGGUGAACCUUAUAGAAUUUGAAGAAGACAAUGAUAAUGAUGUAAAAGGAUUUUCAAAGGAAGGAGAAAUAAGUUCAAGUGGAGAUGAUUUAGAUCAUAUCAUUAUACUAGAUCGUUUUUCAAUAUUCUACGAUGGAUAUGGGAAUGACAACCCAAUGUUUACAAUUUUUAGCGACGAAAAUGCAAAUUCUUGCUCGGUAAUGUAA